AUGCGUCCGCGGGGUACGCUUGGCGGUGCUGGUGCUGGUGCUGGUGCAGCUGUAAAGGCGCAAUCGGUUGCGUCGAAUGAGGGCAGUAGAAGCCUAGCACACCAGCAGCAGCAGGCCUCGUCUACGGAGCGGUCGAAUACUGGGCAAGCUAGAGCCGCGGCAGCAGCGGCGACGCAGGUGCCGCCUGCGACGAGGUUGGAUAGGUCAGCCUCGUUGCGACAGACGGCGCCAGCGAGAGUCGCGUCGACGGCGGCGCGGCAUACCAGGAAUCGAAGCCAGGUACUCGUAGGAACGGGACAACAAGCCGGUGGUGGUGGUGGUGCUGCAAAAAAUGCGCCUGCGGAGAGUGCGUCGAGAGCGGCGAAGCCCUCGUUUAAUAUGUACCAGCAGCACUAUAGUCCGAAGAAGUCGGCGCCAAAGGCUGCCGUGGGCAGUGUGUCUACGGUUGCUGCUGGGGAUAGUAAUGUAAUGCAGGCGCUGCCUCCGCAUAUCCCUCCUUUGCAGGUGGAGCUGUUGCAGCUGCUACUGUUACACGCUGAGGGUCUACAGGCGAAGCGCAAAUGGGAGGCCAGUAUGGAUGCGAAGUGUCGCGAGCUACAUAGCUCCGUGGUGAAGACGUAUCAAUCGGUGCUGGCGACUGAGCGGGCUGUACAGCGGGACCGCAACGUCGCGGCGCUUGAGCAGUUUGCGGCGGAUGUUCAGGCGUGCAAUGGCCGGUAUGAUUUUGCGACGCAGAUCCAGAUGCUCUCAAGGGUCAUCCAGGAGGUUUCUGAUUUGACGCAGUCGCGAGAUGGGAGGUAUAAUGUUGUCAUCCAGGAGUUCGAGGAGUGGUCGGCGCAUGUGAAGGAGGUUAAACAAAACAGGACGCAGAGGAAUGGGGGGUUGCAGUUCAUUGACCCCCUUCGCGACGGGUGGAGGAAUGAUGUGGCUGCUUUAUCGGCGAAGCUUGAGCUGUGUUCGCGAGAACUGGACUGCGUUGAGAUACGGACGGCGACGACGACGCAAGGUGACGAUCGCUCUGGCUACCAUGCCUCUGCACUUGCAAGGGCUGUUACGGGGCAUAGGGAGCUGAUCCGGUCGAUGAUUGAUGAGUUGGAUGUCAUCGCGAAGAUCGAGAGUGAAGUGACCAUGAUGGAGAGAUCAUGGGUGACGAGAACCGUUGAUUCUUUGAGAAUUGAUAUCGCUCCUGGUCAGGAUGGUGAUAUGAGAAUACCGGCGUGGAAGAAGACGUGA